AUGACUGCUUAUCGUUCUUUCUCUUUCGCGAGACGAACUCCAGUGGCACCGAAUGGAUGUCCAAUUGAAAGAGAUCCUCCCCAAAGAUUGAGUUUAUCCAUUGGAACACGUCCAAACUUUCUGGAUCGUUUCAUCUGUUCUGUGCAGAAAUAUUCACUGUCCAUUGCAUUCAGAUUGGCAAGAACUUGUCCAGCGAAGACCUCGUGGAUUUCAAAUACAUCAAUAUCCUUGAGUCCGAGUCCAGUCCAAUCUCUUCUCCAAUCAUCAACUUCGAUGGAACAUCUUUUGCCUUAUUCAUGCCAAGCAUUGCCCUUCUACCUUUUCUCUUAUAACGAAUUGGCACGUUAG